UCUACUCACAAAAUCAAAUAGCAAUCAAAGCAAAAGCAAUAAAUACAAAGCAACUCAAUACUACAACAAAUCAAAAACCAAAAAUGGAUAUCCUUCACAUCGUCUCCAGCAAUGUCCCAGCCACCCAAAGUGUCAACUACUCCUGCGUCCUCACAAACAGGUGGUCGGGGGCAACCCAUCCCGUGGAUUAUGCAUCCAUAUCUGGCUCUGCCCAUUGGACUGCACCUGUUCUUGUUGCUCAUAGCAGUGACUAUGAAGUUUGGUCUCCAGGAAGCUUGGCUUCUCCUGGAGUUGAAGCUGUCGCGGAGGUAUGUUAUCGUUUUAAAAAUUUGCAGCGCAGCUGUAUAAUAUUUAUUUUCUCUGACGUACCUUUCAACUUACAUUUUCAUUUUGAAAACAUCCACGUUGUGCGCAAAACUAGGGAGGCGUAACUUCCAUACUUGCCAGCGAAGUGACUAGCGCUCAAGCAAGAGGCGUGGCGGGAGAACUGGUCAUUGGUAACAAUCAAUUCAACUCGAUCGACCCACCUCAAAGAUUCGCUUCGAUUUCAUUGACUCCUGACUUUCCCCUGUUGUCAACCAUCAGCAUGGCGGGACCAAGUCCAGAUUGGUUCACUGGAUUGUACAACUACAGUCCGGUCGACCCAACACAACAAUUUUGGCAACAAGCUUUCCAAAUUGACACGUUCCCAUGGGACGCCGGAACAGAAAAGGGUAAUACCUACUCGAUCAACAAUGAUCCAGAGGAUCCUCACCGCCCAAUCUUACAGUUGACGAAAAACACGGUCCCUGCAAGUGGAAUUCUUUUAGAUCCAACGAAAACUGAAGUGCUACCUGUGGCAACAUGGACUUGUGUCCUUGAUAAUUCAUUACGAAAACUUUUGAAGGAAGAAGCCCCAAGUGAAGCCCCAAGCAGCAGCAACCGUGGUUUGUUGAAGCAGGAUGUCUCUGAAGCACCUUCUGCAGACACUCGCAAUCUUUUGAAGGUUGAGUCUCCUUCCGAGGCCCCUACUGACAAUGCCCGGAACCUCUUAAAACAAGUUUUGUCUGAAGCCCCAACUUCUGAUGAUGGACGUAAUCUUUUGAAGGUCGAGUCUCCUUCUACCGCCCCGACCAACGUUGGUCGUGAUCUUUUGAAGGUUGAUCUUCCUUCUGAAGCCCCAACUUCUGAUGGUGGACGCAAUCUNGAGUCUCCUUCUACCGCCCCGACCAACGUUGGUCGUGAUCUUUUGAAGGUUGAUCUUCCUUCUGAAGCCCCAACUUCUGAUGGUGGACGCAAUCUUUUGAAGGUUGAGUCUCCUUCUACCGCCCCGACCAACGUUGGUCGUGAUCUUUUGAAGGUUGAUCUUCCUUCUGAAGCCCCAACUUCUGAUNAUCUUUUGAAGGUUGAGUCUCCUUCUACCGCCCCGACCAACGUUGGUCGUGAUCUUUUGAAGGUUGAUCUUCCUUCUGAAGCCCCAACUUCUGAUAAUGGACGCAAUCUUUUGAAGGUUGAGUCUCCAUCUGAAGCCCCUAGCGGUGGCAGCAUUCGUGGAUUGUUGAAGCAAGACAUUUCUUCGGCACCCACCAUCGAUGGACGUAACCUUUUGAAGCAGGAAGCACCAUCCGAUGCCCCUAGCCGAGUUCCCAGAGGCCUUCGUGGCAGUCGCAAUUAGAAUUUCAGGGGGGAAAAUAUCGUCCAAUUUGAAUAUAAUUCUAAGAUAGGUAAUAUAAAAAACGGUCUAAU